AUGAAAGGGAAUCUCAAGCGCUUCUACUUGUAUUGGAUGACUGGACUGGGAGAAAUACGACGACGACGUCACUUCGUGCCCCAUUUCCACAUUUCCAUUGAGUUCGACUUUACCAACCGCGAAUUUCUUCUCCGAAACACGCCCGACACAUUCGAUCACAUUGCCCGAUGGUGGUGGGAUGAGAGCAGACAGAAGGGAUUCCUGACUUCUAAGAAGGGCAAAGAAAUCGUCUACAAAGCCGGCUGCUUUAUGCGAUUCCUCAUGUACCGACGGGAUGGAAAGUCACUUGAGGAGUUUCGACGAGCUGUUUACACUGUCAUUGCGACGCGAAUCGCAAGCACUAUCGAAGAAAGCAAGAACGGUUACAUCACCCUUCUAGACGUCAAAUACUUCGUCUUCUCUAACUGCCCCCACCUUGUCGACGAAUACAUCGUGUCCAACAUCGUCGAGCGCACCAAUGAGUUGCGCUUCGUCGACCCAUACACAGUAACGCUACUUUCAGACGACAAGCUCUUCGAUAAGAGUAGCAGAUACCAACUAGCGGAGUACGCAGCGAACGAGUUGUCUGACAGCGGAUACGCCCAAUUUUCGAGGUGUUCCAUCCAAGACCUUAGCUCCUCAAGCGGUUACGAUCGCGAAACUAUCGAAUCGACCGAGAAAAAGGGAAAUGCAGGCCGAAACCAGAACCAGCACCUUUUCGACAAUAUCCCCGGUUAA